UAAGGUCAAAAAUUAGAUUCAAUAUCUUUUCGUGACUUUCAUGGAUGUUUUUAACCACAACUUGAGCUGAAAUCAAUCAUAAAUUCCAAAGAAAACAAAAGGGCUUCGUGAAAUAACUGACCCCAAGCGAAUAUCUGGCUUGCCAUUGAUUUACGACUUUUAUGCUUGAAUGCAACUCUCUGUGGGUUUAUUGUUUGAGAUGAUGGGCAAGACAAAAGCGUAUAAAUGACGUCUACAAAUAACUUACAUGCAAUAAAGAUAUCUGUCGGUACACAUUCACCUGCUGGGAAAAGAAUCUGAUGAACGGAGUACCGCUGGCGUGACUACCACUAUUCAUUUAACGAGAUAUUUGAAGGUACUGCAAGGAAGUGAUUCUAGUUUACGUGUGUUGAAAGAACGCUAGAGCCACGGUCCAAAAGAAUGUUAAGAAUUGAAUGAUUGAAAAGCUCAGUCUUUGGUUCAAGUUGAACUCUUUGUCAGACCCUAUACGAUUGCCAUCAGUUACUCAAGCGAGUCUUAGAAUUUGACAAAUGACUGUCAUAAUGCUCCACUCGAGACGCAGCGAUGUGAAUAUGUGAAGUGGGUUGUUUUGUUAGCUGCGUAGUAGUCGGAAAAAACUAAGUGAAGACUGCGCAGAAACCCUGCAAACGAUCUGUAUGUAAAAGGAUCUAAUCACUUUCAUUGCACAUUCCAUACCACUCAAUUUACGAAGAGCUCCAAUAUGAUCUUUGAAGUAUCUCUAUUUUCAUGGAAACAGUGUUCCACUAACGUUCAUACGUAGGUGAUCAAGAUCGAGGAGAUACCGCAAAGCUGGAUAACCAUGAAUACAACUUUACACCUGGGUUCUCUGGCAAAUAUUUCAACUGUCGCACUUCCAGAACUAGCCAGUCCGACUUCCGCGUGGUUUUCUGAAAAUGGCAAGUUUAUUACGACUGCUGAGUUUGUCGUAAGUGUACUGUUUUACUGCUGCGUGUUCCUCGCAAUCCUUGUGGGAAACGUGCUAGUAAUUUUAGCCUACGAGAGGAACUGGAGACUUCAAACUACCACAAACACUUUCAUAAUUGGUCUAGCUGUGUCGGAUCUAUUGGUUGGGUUCGUCUCAAUCCCCUUUUGGUUGUAUGUCUACAGCUGCCAUUACUUGGACGUUACACUACAUCCCGUUGGAUACGAAAUGUACAUCACAUUCGACGUGUUCAUCGGAUGUGCGUCGAUCUUUCAACUUACUGCCAUCAGUAUAGAGAGAUGCAUCGCCAUCGUCUGGCCGAUCAGACACCGAGCCCUUCGCGAAGGGAUCUUUCAUGCGAUGAUUCUUGCCGCGUGGGGUUGUUCUGCGGUCAUGGCUGGAUUGUACCCGGUCCAAUUGAAGCAUUGGGAAGGGGGCUACACGGCAUUUAUCUUCUCUACUUGCUUCAUUGGACCAUUAAUCGUCAUGUCUGUAGUUUAUUUCUUAAUCUAUGAGACAGCAAGGGACUCGAGGUCCAGGGUACACGCCGCAAGAGCAGCCCCCACAAUACACAGAGAAAUUCGUGUUGCGGGAACAGUGGCGCUUGUUACUGGAGUAUUUAUGAUCGCGUGGUUCCCAUUCUUUGUCGUCACUGUGGUUGCUACAUACGAUUUGGAGCGCUUACCCGAACCACCUGGACUCUUCCGACUUAUAGCCUUCGUCAAGGCCUUGCAUUACAUAAACUCGGCUCUAAAUCCAAUCCUGUAUGGCUGCCGGAAUCCAGAGAUGAGGAAGACUAUGCUCAAUGUAGUGCGCCAAUGCUAUCCGCUCAGAUCUCGUGAGCAGAGGUAUCCAUCUAGGCUGCAGGCGAUGCUAGAUCCUCGACGUACACGAGAGUUCUUACCCGGUACCUCGUUGGCAGUUCAGUGGCCUGACGAAAGACGAAGCACACCGAUCAUUGGCAACAACACUACUACAACGGUGGUUUCAUUCGUUAAUCGAGAUGGGUAUGUGGAGUCAAGGCCAACAAGCGUACAUCAAUAAAUUUUAUUAUUGAUCACUUUUUAAUGCAAUGCUCUCUCAUGAAAAUAUAUUUUUUAGAUGAACUUGCAUUCGUUGGUGCCGAUUAGCUGACGAUGCUGAAGAAUCCCCCAAAAAAAUUUUAUGCAGUGUUAGCGUGACAGUGUGUGAAAAUGUAAUUAACCCGUGGUAAAUCGAUAAGUUUAAUUUUGUUUAAUUCAACGUUAAAAUGCAAUGGAUAAAAAAUAAGAUAAUUACAUAUUAUGUUUGCAGUCAAUAUGGCAAAACUUUCCUCGCUUGAUUUGUAUUUUGAUCAGAGUUAAAAUGAUAAUUUUAAACUUUUGCCAAUAAUGUCUUCAAAGGAGCAGGUUCUCAUAAUCAGCAUCCAUAUGCGCUUGUACAUAAAUAAAGGACAUGAAAGUCA